AUGCCGAAAAGGAGUGCAUUUAAGGGUCCAGGCGUUCAGCGCUUUCAGCUCGUUCAUCGGUCACAAAGAGACCCUCUUAUACACGAUGCAGAGGCUUCGAAGCUCGUUUUCAGGGACGUCAGUCGGGGUCACGCUUUGGGCAAGGCGGGAUCUGAAGCUGGUCUGGAAACUACAUUCGCUUCCCAACUGAGCUUAGAGAGAAGCACGUCACGCCCCAAUGUAGGCCAAGCAUCCAUGUACGAAAUUUACUACGACGACACGGAGUAUGACUACAUGCAACAUCUACGUCCAAUUGGGGUUCAAGAGGAAGGUGUAGCUAGUAUCUUACUCGAAGCAGCAGCAGCACCUUCCUCGUCGAGAAGUAAAACUACUAAGAAAGGAAAGGAAGGGGAGGACUCCGGGAAUGGAAUUGCGUUCAAGCAACAGGGUGCUCCUACAUCCGUAAUGCCGAACGAAGUACUACCUUCGAAGCAAGAAAACACUCUUGAUCAGACCUAUGAAGCCUCCCGAGCGAUACCAUCUUCCAUUGCAGGGUUUCGGCCCGAUAUGGAUCCUCACCUUCGUCAGACGCUCGAAGCUCUAGAAGAUGGUGAGUUUGUAGAUGAUGGUCUUGAGGAUGAUUUCUUCGGGGAGCUCAUCAAAGAUGGCGAGCGAACCAAGACCGAAGAUCCAGAAAGCUGGGAGACACGUUUCUCGAAAUUUAAGAGACAGCAGCAGCAACUCGCUGCUGCUGAUGCUUCUAAAUCGGACGUGGACGAUGACAGUGGUGAUCUCGACGGAGAAGAUGACGGGAGGUCGGAAGCACAAGAUACGGUUAGGACUUUACCUCGCCUACCCGUCAUUGGUGGGAAGAGGAGAAGAAAAGGUGCAUCGGAUGCAUCUGGGUACAGUCUUACAAGUUCAUCCAUGUAUCGAAAUGAAGGGCUUACCGCGUUAGAUGAGCGAUUUGCCGAGAUCGAGAAAGAGUAUGAAUCAGAUGGAGAGGAUGAUUUGGAUGACGAGGCGGUCAUCGAAGCGCUGAUCAAAGAGAAAGAAGAAGAAGCUCCAGACCUCCGUAUUCGAGAAGACUUCGAAUCCCUCAUGGAGGAUUUCCUUGACCGCUAUGAGUUGGUCGGCGGAAAAUUGAAGAUCAUUCUAGAAGGAAAUACAGCGGCAGAAAAGUUGGGAACUCUACGAACUGCCAUGAUCGAAGACGACAGCCUCCGCGAACGGAUAUUGAGGAGAUUGGAGCAAGUGGAAGACGGAGAGGAUGAAGAAGAUGAAGCGAUGCCACUCCCUUCUAUCGUCGGAAUAGAUGAUGACGAGGAUCGCUGGGACGUUGAAACCAUAUUAAGUACGUACAGCAACCUGGAAAAUCAUCCAAAAGUCAUCGGCCUCAAGAAAAAUAAUCAUCGAUUCCCUCAAAUAAAGCUAAACAAACGCACGGGGAUACCAAUGGCGGUCGUCGAUGACGUCGUUCUGAAAAGUUCAUCGCCCGACGUAGAGAACACAGACGAUCGAAAAGCACUGAGAUAUGAGGUCCUUGGUGAAGAAGCAAACGAACCCGAAGUAGAAGGCAGAAAAGUCAUUACAACGAAACGGCCGAAGGAUGAAACUCCUGAAGAGAGGAAAGCGCGCAGGCGAGCAGUCAAAGAGGAACGCCGGACCCGUCGGGCGGAGAAGAAGCUGAUGAAACAAUCCUUCGCUGCAGAGCACAAGAACCAGGCACAGGUUCAGAGAGUGAGGAAAAUCGCCGAGACAGUAAGGCCGCUAUAG